AGAGAUAUCCCUCAUAGCCCUAGGUAUAGACCUUCACUGUUCUAGCCUCAGUUGACACCUAACUCUUGUGGACUCCAGACGUUACGAGCGUCUUCUGGCCAGUGCAGGCGAAAAAGCGAAUUCAUUUGAUCACAAGACUGCAACAAUGGCACUCAAGCUCCCAGUAGCAGUAAAGGAUCUGCCGGAGGAAAAGGUGAAGCAGCGGACGGCCCAGGGAAUGAAUCCUCUACAGCUGCUUGUUUACACUGAACCGGGCAAUGUUCUCGUCCCUGAACCCUACAAAAGGGUGGCAGAGAAGAUUUACAACUUCAAAUUCCGGACUGAUGACAUAGUGGUGACAACCUUCCCCAAGAGUGGUACACUGUGGACCAUGGAGCUCGUGUGGGCCAUGACUAACCUCGACCGUAUCAACGACACGCAGAAAGUGAACAUCAAUGAUCGGGUGUUCAUGAUUGAUGAUGACUUUCUAGACUUGGUCAACUUAGAGAAAGCGAAGCUGAGGUUUUCUGAACAAUGCCCCGACUCUGAACUCAAAGAAGGUGUCACUCGGCAACUCGCAGAAGCAGCUACAACGCCCAGAAUCAUCUGGACUCACCUGCCUCUCAGUCUACUCCAUCCAGACCUUCUCAAAACAUGCAAAGUCGUAUACGUGGCCCGUAACCCAAAGGACGUGUGUGUCUCCUACUACCACUUCGCUAAACAACUGGGAGAACGAUUCUUCAAUGGCACUUUCGACAAUCUUUUGGAUGCUUUCAUGGACAAUCACCUUUUCUAUGGGGGAUACUGGGACCACAUCCGCCAGGCGAGGCAGCAGAAGGACAACCCCAAUUUCCACAUGCUGUUCUAUGAGGAUCUGAAAACCAACAUACUGGAAGAGCUGAGGAAACUUAGCUCGUUUUUGGGUCUGGAAAUCGACGAUGACACGCUGCUGAAGGUCUCCGACUACGCGAAGUUCGACCGCAUGAAGGUCAACCCCGCCAUGAGGACGAACCUGCUCAACUUCGAGGGCAACCACUGCCGGAAGGGCCAGAUCGGGGACUGGGCCAACAUCGCGACGCCGGAGAUGGACGCCAAGAUCGAGCGCUGGAUUCAAGAGAACUCGGAGGGCCUGGAUUUCACCUUCAGAUACAAGUAGAGGGAGAGUUGUUGGUAGGAGAGUCUUUUUUUUCCCCACAAGCGGUUGGAAAGUUGUUCGUAAAGGCUUAAGAUACAAAAUGUAACAAAUACAAAAAAAAAAAAAAAAAAAAAAAAAAAAAAACGAAAACAAAACAAAAACGUUGAAGUAAUUCUAGAGAUGUAAAAGAUUUCUGGUUUUGUCUUUUAUGUGAUCAUCUACUCCUUAGCGGAUUUAUAUAAUAUAAUUUUUGUAUUCUUACUGUGGCUGUUUUUCCUUUCCUCUCUCUUUCUCUCUCUCACACACACACACACACACACACACACACACACACACACACACACACACACACACACACACACACACACACACACACACACACACACACACACACACGCACACACACGCACACAUUUUCUCUCUCUCUUUUAGGGUUGACAGUCUUGUUUAAUAUUCAUCUUGAACAGAGUCGCAUAAACAAAUAAUAUUGUAUAGAAGAAAAAGAAAGAGAGAGACAGGAAGAUAGAAAACAAGAAAAAAAGAAAGAAAAUAAUGAUUAACUAGACAAUCAAUCAUGUCCUCAAUUACGAUUUGUAGAUUCAGUGAUCAUUCAUUUUACUCGAACUUUUAACACAGGAAAUCCGGAACCUCUGUACACUGAUGGAUCACUAUUUCCCACAGAAUGUAAUAUCUACCAUGUUUAAAUCACUGUGGCCCGUCGCAUAUACUGUAUUAACAGUGAUGGCGAUGUAACGUAGCUAGUUCCCAAUAUUGGUUCUAGUUAAUACACUUACUAUGGCAAUUGAGAAUGGCAACUUAAACUAAUAACUGUAAUUGUUAUAUUAAUGUUAACUAUAUUUCUUAGAUGAAAGGAGGGAAGGGGAGAAAGCAAGGACGGAAGAAAGAAAGAAAACAAGAAAGAAAGAAAACAAGAUAGAAAGAAAGAAAGAAAGAAAAGGAGAUAGAAACGUUCUCAGUACGACAAAGUUACCCCCGUAAGCCAAUUCUUCAGUUUUAUUUGAAUUUUAACAAAAGAGAAAACAAGUCGAUUUCCAUCCAUCCCAACUGACUUCCAUAUAAACUAGUGAGCUGAGGCAUCAGGUUGUCACUGUAGCCAUUUACUGUUAUUAAUUUAGUGUUGAUGGUGACACUGGGAGUGGCGCUGUCAUUGUUGUUACUUUCACUGAUUUUGUUAUGUCCGAAAUGACAACACUGCCUAGAUGACAACCUUGGCAACACCAAGAUUGACAAGAUUGAUGUGACAUACAGUUGUUGUCACCAGCUUGGCGAUACUGUCUGUGUUGUCAACAGCAUGGUCGUGUUUUGUGACGGAGGUACUGUUACCGGGUUGGUGAUAGAUAUUAUUAGUGUCGCCUGGGUGGUUGUGCUCAUAUCUGUGUUGUCAACUGGGUGGUAUUGCUGUCGAUAUACUGUGAUUUGUUGUGGUGCCAAUAUUGUCAUUGUGGUGGUGGCAAUACAGAGAUUAUUUCAGUUUAUUUUUUUUUCUUUUUUUAUAGCUUGUUCUUUUUAUUAGUAUGAAGGGUUUUUAACGCUAAACAGUGUAAUUGCUUCUUAUUUUAUGCAAAUUGUACUCUGUUUAUUGAUUUGUUAGACUGUACCGUUGUUGAUUUGUAGAUUACUAAUAAUAAUAAGUUUAAAUAUAAUA